AUGCUGGACAAUGGUACUGGAUGGACGUCUAUCAGAAUUCUAGACGUGCCUAGUAUGAUCUGUACACAGAAAUGCGAAUAUCCUGAUGUUUCAGUCCAUCGACUUUCGGCUCAAUAUCUGGAACGAACGUUAGCAAAAUUUUUUGAUUCGUCGACUCCUUUGUUGAGUCUCAGGGGUAGAAUGGGUACCAGAAUAGAAUUCUCCAAUGACCCAUGCAUGGGUAACGGGAAGAGUCGAAGGCAAGACUCAACCAGAAUCGGAUCACCUGCCGUCUAUGACGUCUAUGUGUCUUACCUCACCUUGUAUAUCCUCUCGACAGAGACUACCGACCUCGACGAGGACCAUCACCGCAAUGAUGGCUCGACUUCGUCUCAUAUCCCCUCCUCCUCCCCCAACCUAGUCUUUUAA